AAAAACAUGCCUGAACAAAGCAAUGAUUACCGGGUGGUGGUGUUUGGAGCAGGAGGAGUUGGCAAAAGUUCGCUGGUCUUGAGGUUUGUAAAAGGCACUUUCAGAGACAGUUAUAUCCCUACAAUUGAAGAUACCUACAGGCAGGUGAUCAGCUGUGAUAAGAGCAUAUGCACUUUGCAGAUUACCGACACAACAGGGAGUCAUCAGUUUCCUGCCAUGCAGCGCUUGUCUAUUUCCAAAGGACAUGCUUUCAUUUUGGUCUUUUCUGUCACCAGCCGACAGUCUCUGGAGGAACUCAAACCUAUCUAUGAACAGAUUUGUCAGAUUAAAGGGGAUAUAGACAGCAUUCCAAUCAUGCUGGUAGGGAACAAGAGUGAUGAGGACCACAAUCGAGAGGUCCAGACUAGUGCUGGAGAAGCCAUGGCCAAAAAAUGGAAGUGUGCCUUUAUGGAAACUUCUGCCAAGACAAACCACAAUGUGAAGGAGUUGUUCCAAGAGCUGCUGAACUUGGAAAAACGCAGGACUGUGAGUUUGCAGAUUGACAGCAAAAAAAGCAAGCAGCAGAAAAGGAAAGAGAAGCUGAAAGGCAAGUGUGUUGUCAUGUGAAAACAGCAAUUGUUUCAGCUCCUGACUCAACCAGGUUUCAGGCCUGUAGACAGUGAGAAAACAUAUAAGACUGUUUAAUUAAUAGCUGUUUGGAAAGAAAUGUAG